UUGAGCUCCAUUUAGACAAACUGUACACAGAGAGGGAGAGCGUCACUGUGAGCGCACAUGUGCCAGUUAGUACACCUGCCACUUGGAGAGAAGGAUAUCACACUCCCAGGUCUGAAGGGGAAUUCAACUUUUGCUGUUGGGAAACAGAGGCAACAACUAAUACUGACCAUCCACUGGAGCAGAACAACUUUUAGACUGUCAUGGCUCCUAGCUUGGCCCAGGCGUACAGGAGGAGAUGGUGGAUGGCCGUUACAGCCAUCAUAGAGAACCUGCUCUUCUCAGCUGUUCUGCUGGGCUGGGGCUCACUACUCAUCAUGCUGAAGAAAGAAGGCUUCUAUUCCCACCUCUGCAUUGAUAAUGAGACCGUCAGCAAUAACGUAACUUCCUUGAAGAGCGAUGUUUGGAAGAGUUGUGUGGAGCAGGAAGAGACAUUGAAUCUUGGCUUCACCAUUGGCUCGUUCCUCUUGAGUGCAGCUACUCUACCUCUGGGGAUCUUAAUGGAUAGAUAUGGGCCCCGACCAUUAAGGCUCGUUGGCAGUUCAUGUUUUGCAGCCUCCUGUGGAAUUAUAGCUGCGGCUGCAUACAACCCUGAAGUGCUGUCAGUCCUCAUUUUCUUCGCUGUCUCCUUUAAUGGCUUUGGAGGAAUCUGUCUGACCUUCACCUCACUCACACUGCCAAACAUGUUUGGGAAUUUACGAUCAACCAUCCUCUCCCUUAUGAUUGGAUCCUAUGCUUCUUCAGCCGUUACCUUCCCUGGUGUCAAGUUGAUUUAUGACCUUGGCGUGUCGUUCCGUGUCAUCAUGUGGGUUUGGUCUGGUAUGGCCUGCCUGGUCUUCUUCAACUGCCUCCUGAACUGGCCUGCUGAAUCCUUCCCUGCACCUGAAGACAUCAGAUAUACUAAAAGGGUGAAGAUGAGUGGGGUUGUGACAGAGGACAAGAUGACUGGAGACAGGUACGUCACUCAUGUCAACCUCAUGGAAGACAUGAUGGAGGGCAAGAAGCCAGAACCCGAUCAGACAGACUCACAAAGCAGAGCCCAGGGUUCCGUGCCACUCUGUGUUUCUGUGUGCUCCCCUAUCUUGCUGUGGAGUCUCAUCACCAUGGCAAUGACCCAGCUGCGGCUGAUCUUCUUCAUGGGUGCCAUAAACAAGAUGGUGGAGUUUCUGGUCACCCACGGCAACCCCAACCCCUCAGAAAAGCUGCAAAAGGAGGUGGAGGAACAAGUUGGUUUCUACUCUUCUAUCUUCGGUUCAAUGCAGCUGCUGUGUCUACUGACUUGUCCUUUGAUUGGUUACAUCAUGGACUGGAGAUUGAGGGAGUGUGAAGAGGAAAAUGCAAACACACAAACACAGAAGAGCCAAUCAGAUCCUCCAAAGAGAGACCGAAAGAUCCAGAAACUGACGAAUGCCAUGAGAGCUUUCAUCUUCACCAACCUUCUUUUGGUCGCCUUUGGAAUCCUUUCCUUGAUUGACAACCUGCCCCUACAGGUGGUGUCAUUUGUUCUGCAUACUAUAGUGAGAGGAUUUAUCCAUUCCUGCUGUGGAGGCCUCUAUGCCGCUGUGUAUCCAGCCAACCACUUUGGGACACUGACCGGCAUGCAGUCAAUGAUCAGUGCUGCUUUUGCCUUGCUCCAACAGCCACUGUUCAUACUGAUGUUGGGACACCUCAAUGGAGAUCCUUACUGGAUCAAUCUGGGACUCCUCAUCUUCUCCAUGGCUGGCUUCCUGUUGCCGGGCUAUCUCUUCUACCACCGUAGAAACCUGAUAAAGGCAAAGAGACAAACCGAUUUGCACGCAGCUAAAGGAUACACACCAAAUGGGCAUUCUGAUUAAGAUUAUUGACAGGAGUAAAUGAUUGAUUUAUUUUUUUGUUAUCACUUUUCAGUAGAUUAUGAAUGUAAAAUAGAAGACAUACUUGUAACCCCCCCUGUCAGACUUCUCAUUUAGAAAAAUUCCAUCACCUAAGAAUGACUGGCGGUGUCUCAGUGGUCAGCACUGUGGCUUCACAGUGGAGCCCUGUGUUUCAAAUUCAGCGAUGUUCUUUCUUGUGUGCCCUGUUUAUGGGAGUUCACUUUCUCCACUUACAGCCUAAAUUACCUAUAUGUGAGAAUAAGUGCACACCGGGAAAUCUCUGCAUGCAAGUGCAUCAUUGAAUGUGCUUGUGUGUUAAGUAUCCAUCACAUUAAACACCAAAAAUACAAUACAAUAAAGCAUGUUUUAUCAUUUAAGCUUAAUUAGUGCCAAUUAGAGGAGCAUAAUUUGUUACCCCAUAAGAUAAUAGGGUAAUUGUCACCUAUGGCAACAGAGGGUGUUGUUCAACAGAACUCAGUCUUGCUUUAAGUGGUCAUAUUAAGAUAGCAGGCCUGAAAAUAAUUCGAAAUUGUAGCCACAGUCUCACAUAUACGAAAUAUAUAUGACAAUUUGCAGUGUAGGUGAUGAUUUCACUUGGUAGUUUCUGCUCUUGAAGAGGCUACAAGAAGCCCCAUAGUAAAUAACCCUCAGGUAGUGUUACAAAUAGUCCCCGGUGGGCUUUAAAUAAAGAGUUUGACAGUUGGGGAAAUACUAUUUAUUACCGUACUGAAAGUUAGAUAGAAAAAUUAUGUCUUUGUGUGGAUUUGUACAUGUAUUUGAUUAGUUAGUUAAGCUAGAUCUUAGCAUAGCUUAGCAUACAAACUGAAAGCAGCCAGCCUGGAUAUGUCCACCUACCGACAUCUUGGUCACUGUUGUUGAGAUCAACUUUAAUGUUUGUUUGGUAACUGAAGCAGAUGAAAGUUUUCCUUUAGGUUGCAGUUCAUCGUGACCUAGUGAAUUCAGGUCAUGUAUAGGAGUGCACUAGCUUCAGGUUUACAUUGGUGUGUUUCUCUAUUUAUCUCUAUUAUCGUGACAGCUAUGGGAAAAUAUUGUAACAGGGAUAUAUGAAUUUAAUUCCUUUGUUUGUGGCUUUAAAUUCUAAACUGGUGCCAGAUGUUUCUUGUACAAGAGCCUUGAAUGUAACUUGACCCCGACUUGUGUUUAUUUCAUUCCCUGGAGAAUAUCAGCUCAUAAAAGUGAGAACUGGCAGGAAGUGCUUUAGGACAUUUUUCUGUGACCAGAAGUAAUUUUAUCUAAGUUUAUUACAUCUUUUCAUAAUACAAGACAGAACAUUUGCUGCCCUGGCUAAAGCAAUCAUGACCUCCCCUUAAAGCAGAAAAUGAAGCAAAUAUUUACUGACAGAGAAACACUUUGGAAACUUGUUAACGAAUUGGAAUUGUCAACUGGUUUCUCUCUGAAUUACUCUAAAUUCAUAGCAGCAAAACCAAGCAGCCUUUAUAUUAACAUUCACAUAGCAUUCAACUCUCUCUUAUAUGUGAGAUAUUUGUAUGAUUCUGUAAAUGCGGUGUUUGGAAGUUUAAAAGUUUUUUGGGGAAGUUAUGCUGUUUAAUGCUCCAGUGCAUAAUGUUUUUUUCAGUCGGUUUGCUAAAUUGUUAAUUUGUUGUUGAUAUUUAUUUGCUGAUUUAACAAGACAUCACAAUCUACAGAUGUGUUGGCCAAUUACAGCUCUGUAAUGGUUUAGGGCCUUCAAUGUCAGUAUGAAAUAGUGUGAGACACAAUCACUUCCAGUUGUGAAUCAACACAUUCAGUCCACCCAGUCUGCUCAAUCUGUUUAAACUUUGAUCCGGGAAAGAAGCAAGGCUCUCCAGUGUACAUGCAGUAUGAGUGAGGGGGGUGUAACUGCCCUCUCUAUCAGAAGUAUUUUUAUUUUUUUUAUACUUCAAAUGUCCAUUCAAUUAAUACAUUAAUAUGAGCAGAGGCAAAGUACACUCACAUGAUGGGGACCAAAGCAGGAGGGGACAUAAAAUGAAUGCAGUCUCUGUCAUUGUCCUUGGACUCAUAACAGCCCUGUUAUUAUCCCUGCUGGUUGCAUAAUUUCAUUGUGCAGUUAUAAAAGAGUAUAUAAAUGAGAGGUCAGUCUCACCCUCUCUUAAGCUGGCAGGGCACUGGACAGCCUCAAAAUGUUGCGGAUCAGAGUUCUAUCAGUUUGAAAGCUUGCAAAGUAAAGAAAGCCAGUCGGUUCACAACCAGAAGCAAAUGUUUGUCACACUGUCAUGAAUGUGAUUGUCAUCUAAUUGCAGCAUAAGUAUUAUUUUUUCAUACCUGAAGUGGGUGAAGAUCUGCUCUGUCCGUCCUCUGAUUGACUUACCCUGACCCUCACCAAUUAUCAUGCUUAAAGCCAAAGCCAACCCUACCAAAGAGUGCAACAAGUACAAGCGUAUAUACUAGGGUAGGGAGUACCCGGCCUCUGAUUGGUCUUUGCCCACCUCAAGUGGCAAUAAAACAAGAUGUGCCGCCAGGAGGACCAAAAUGAGGAGGAGGAGUUAAUGUAACAGGAAGUAAAUUGACUGAGGAUUUUGGUGAACAUGCUGGUCCCAUGAAUAUAACAAUAAAUAAAUAAUACAUUACACUUUAAGUGUUGAGGUGACUGGAACAACCAUUCCCCCUCCUCUCCUCCUCCUCCACCAAAGCUUUUCUGCGCAGGAACAGACUUGUUUAAAGAAACAAAAAAAGGAGGUUGGGAAAAGUAGGUAACUGUAUAAAGUUUAAAGAGUAUUAAAGUACAUACAACAGUAAAGCUGAUUUAUUUUACCGCUGCAAUUAUAUAAGCAAGCAAUGUCAGAUAUGAUGAAAAAAGAUAUUAAACUGUGUGUUGUUGUGAGUGCCUGCAUGUUGACAGCACAACAGGGCUUCAGGUAACUGUCAAGAGAUAGUGGAUCCAGUGACAAUAAUUGGAUGAUCAUAUUUAUCCAGUGGUUAUAUCAUGACAUGUAAAAUUGUUGUAAUGUGUGCCUGUGUGUGACAUAUGUAAGCUUUGCAAGGCUUGCCUUGGUUUGAGCCAUAUUAAGUGAAAUAUCAAGUGUUUUGAUUUAAAAGCAGCAUUCGCACAAAUAAAGAAAACUAUUUUGUUUGA